UUUUAAGCUCGAAAGAUGGGUUAUAAGGCCCCCCCCAUUUUGUUGCCUUAUUCUACAACAAGUUCUGGUCCGAUUUAUUCGGCUGUAAAGGGAGUAAUUUACGAUCUUCCGUGCCCUUCUAAUUUAAGGGUUUGGUGGGGAUUUGGGUCACUUCUGGGGGUUUGCCUUUUUGGGCAGAUUCUAACUGGUUGGCUUUUGUCAUUCUAUUAUACUGCUCAUGAAGAUUUAGCUUUUAGAAGCGUAUGUUUUAUUAUAAAGGAAGCUCAUAUGGGGUGGGCAGUUCGGAGGUUCCAUAUUAAUGUGGCAAACUUUAUGUUUGUCUGUUUAUACCUUCAUAUUGGCCGCGGGUUAUAUUAUGGGUCUCAUCGUUUAUAUAAGGUUUGGUGUAGGGGUAUUGUGUUGUUGUUAUUGGUAAUACUAACAGCUUUUACCGGCUAUGUUCUUCCCUGGAGGCAAAUGGCUUAUUGGGCCGCCCAGGUUAUUAGAAGAAUGGUAACUGCAAUUCCUUUAGUUGGGGGAGAUAUCGCAAUGUGAGUUUGGGGGGGAUAUGCAGUAGGGAAUGUGACUCUUAAGCGCUUGUUUAGGCUCCAUUUUUUGAUGCCUUUUGUUAUUAUGGGUAUUUUUUUCUUACAUCUUAUUUUCCUUCAUUCAACUGGGUCGGGUAACCCUUUGGGGUUGGAUAGAGACUGUUCAUUAGUUCGAUUCCAUAGGUUUUUUACGGUGAAGGACUUGGUGGGGGUUUGUUUAAGCUGUACUGUAGUGGCAUUUAUAGUUGGGUUCUACCCAUAUAGGCUUUUAGAUGGGGGGAGGUUUGUUCCUUGUGAUUACAUGGAAACUCCGGCUAGAAUUCAUCCUGAAUGGUAUUUUUUGUUUGCUUACGCAAUUCUCCGAUCGGUGCCUAAUAAAGUUGGUGGGAUUUUACUAUUGCUUGCAUCUAUUUUCAUUUUGUUUGUGUUGCCUGAAAUUUGGUGUGGUAAAAUGGAGUCAUUUUGUUUUUAUCCCGUGUGCCAGUUUUUGUUUUGGGCUUGGGUUGCUAAUUUUUGCGUGUUAACAUAUGUAGGGAGGCAGGGUGUAGACGAUCCUUUUGUUAGGGCGGGUAGGUGGGGUACUAUUUUCUAUUUUGGGUUUUUUCCUCUUGUAGGCCUAGUGCAGCGGUAUGAAGACUAUAUUUGUUCAUAUGACCAUGAGUGAGAUGAGUUUGACGAGUACUGGGAAGAAAUAGUUAAACAGUAUCCGGAUUUAGGGGUAAAUGAUGAAGAUCAUUGGCCGGAUCCUAAAUUAAUGAGGGCGGGGGAAAUGGUUGAUUUGCUAAAGGUAGAGCCUUAUAAUUGAAAGGGGUUGGGAGGUCAUUUACAUAAGGUGGUAAAGGGUCCAACAAAGCCCCUUGAUCCUUAUUCGGGGACGUACCACGGGUGGU